ACGUACACAUGUAAUACCUCACUCUCUCUCACUCUCUCUCACAGCGCCAUUCCAUCGGAACGGCUCGAGCGGCCGUCUUAACCGUCUCACCAUGGAUCCUGCCGUCCAUUCAUCCUCCUCCGCGCUCCCUCCACCCCAUCCCAUCUUACCAUUCGUUGGUAAACACGCACAUGCCCCAUGCCCCUGUCGUGCGCCGCAUUCCACGAUAUCUGACUACAUACCACACGCAUACAUACACACCGCAGCAAAGAAGAACAACAACAACAACAACAAACAAACAAACAACACACCCAUUCGCCCCAUGUCACACCGCAUCCCUUCCAUUCAUUCCCACUCUCCCUUCCCAUUCUCUCCUCUCUCUUCCAUUCUUCCAUCCAUUCUUCCAUCCUUCCAUUCCUCGGCCCAAGCGUGUGGAAUACACAUCCAUGGCAUGACACUGACUCGCCCCGACUGGCUCUCCCGUCCUACCUACCUACCCACCACAGACACCCAGACAAGCACAACCCCACCGAACGCUCGAUCGCAGUGACAUACAUACAUACAUAAAUACAUAUACACAUGAAAUACCUAUAACAAAAAGCCCG